ACGUGGCUCUUCGACUCUCGAAAGCUGAUUCAAACGAUUUCAUUGUUGUAACUCCGAAAACGUGAAACUGUGGAAAAAUCGCAGUAAUCAAUCGUCAGAAACUGAUUCGAGGUUUUGCAGAAACAGAAUCAACUGAGACUUAUUGAUUUCCGAGGGAAAGUAUCGUCACACUGGUUUUAGUAUUUGGUGCCACCUGAAGAGCCAUAGGUUAUGUUGGAUUAUGUAAAGAAUUCAUGCGAACCCGGUGUUGCUCCAAAACAAUACCAGUGCAGUGAAUAAAAUAAACAAUUGUCAGUUCACUAAUUGAAGAAAUAUGAGUAUUGAGAGUUCUAACGUGCAGCGAAAAUUCGGGGAGAAAAUCACAAUUAAAGAACAUCAAUUCACUGAUAAACUCAUUGACUGUUCAAAAUCAGCUAUUUGGUCGGGAGUAGGUGGCCUUGUGGGGAGUGCAUUACUCAUCCCUUUCACUCUCAAAAGAUUGAAAUUCCUCCGAACAAACAUUGAAAUCCGAGCAAUAACUGCAUUGGUUGCAGCGAUUCCUUCAUUUUACUACUCAGCUAAAUUCACAAAGGAUAAUUGCGACCGGAAAGUCGCCGUAACGUACCAAUACAACUCACCUCCGUAUUCUGCGAACCGUUGAAAAUGUUUUCAAUCCAAAAACUGAGACAUCUCCCCCAGCUCUUCCCUCCGUACUCUCCGAAAAAAUACUCUCUUAACCCAAACAAAAUUCCUCUCAAAUCCUGGAUAGUCUCCAGAUUCAUCAGCAAAUCCUCCGAGCAAGAGAGACCGCCUCUUGCCGAGAUAAAUCUAGAUGCAGAAUACAAAGAUAUAUCACGCCAGUAUCUCAACCCAAAUAUUGCCGGCCACGGAGCUAUGGUCAUACAGCCUUACGUGAGGUACGGGUCCAAUAAGAAAAAAAAUACUACAGCUAGUAUGCAACUCCAAGAGGCAGUGGCUCUCACAGAAACAUUAAAUAACUGGUCAGUCAUUGAUACAAUGUGCAUUGGACUGCCGUCUCUCCAGAAGAAAAGUUUAUUCGGGAAAGGAAACCUGGAGAUGCUGAGGAAUAAAAUCCGAAAUAAUCCUAAUAUCACCGCAGUCUUCAUCAGUGUUAAUGUAUUGAGACAUGUUCAGGUGACAGAGCUUCAGAAUUUAUUCGGGGUUCCCAUUUAUGACAGAUAUUCCGUCGUCAUCCAGAUAUUUCGGGAGCACGCAAAAACGACUGAGGCAAAGCUUCAGGUGGCUCUCGCUGAGUUGCCCUACAUCUGGAAGAAGAUAUCUUGGACCGUGGAGGACACCGGGGGUAGAAUCAACUUAACAGAGACGAGAAGAAUGGUGCUGCAUGCCAGGGAGGCUAAAUUAAAAAGCUCUUUAAAGAGACUCAAAGAGCACAGGAAAAUGAUCCGGAGCAACAGAACUAUCAGGGAUAUUCCCACUGUAGCUGUUGUAGGGUAUACUAAUGCUGGAAAGACGUGUUUGAUCAAGGCAUUGACUGGAGAUAAAUCCCUUGUGCCUGAGAAUAAAUUGUUCGCCACGUUGGACACCACUGCUCAUGCUGGACUUCUGCCUUGUAGAUUGAAGGUCCUUUACAUGGAUACUAUUGGAUUCAUUCAGGAUAUCCCUGAGGACUUGAUCGAACCUUUCGUCGCCACUUUUGAGGAUGCUAUUUUAGCGGAUGUUAUUGUACAUGUGUUCGAUGCGAGUCAUCCAGACAAACGGGCGCAGAUAGCGCACGUACAUGAUACACUUUCAAGAAUUAUGACGGAUCUGAACACUGAGAGCAAACCGAUAAUCGAAGUUGCGAAUAAAUGUGAUAUGAUACCGAGUGGUACGGUGCCUGAAAAUAUCUUGGGAGUGUCGGCUCUCAACUCUACUGGUAUCGAUUUACUGAAGGGACAGAUUGAGAAGGAAUUAUUAACGGCUACGGAGAGAACGUCGAUGGUGGUUAGAGUUAAAUCUGGAAGUCCUGCAUCAGCCUGGCUGUAUAAAGAGACUACUGUCACUGAUGCUCAAGCUGAUCCCGAAAAUCUAGAGUAUACCUUGUUAAGUGUUGUUGUGACUGAAGUUCAGCUGCAUAGGUUUAGAAAAUUUUUGAAAAAUAAAUGAGCCAUCAUUUAAAGUUA